AUGUCGCCGACCACCUCAACACCAGAUCCGCUCGACGAUUGCCGGUGGACCAUCUCGGGUCCACUACGCAAACUGCCUAUUGAGACGCUGCAAGCCAUUCUUGAUUUGCUACCAGCCCGCCCUCUCCUCGCUCUGUUAUACGCAAUUCCCCCGUUUGAACGAAUGGUUGGCUCUCGACAUGUUGCUCACAUUGAGGAGGAUGGCAUUUCUAUCCUACAUCUUCUUGCGGCGACUAGUGGCAAAACCAGGGCUUUGGACGUAGCAUUUUUGUACAAAAUGCUUGCCAAAAGUCCUGUUGACGCAAACCCAAUAUGUCAACAGCGGAACAAUCCAUUGGCCCAUGCAAUAUUUUCAAAGAAUGAAAAGGCGACGGAGGCACUGUUGAAGCGAGAAGAGGUCGAUGCAAAUUCAUUGUUCCCUCUUCUCGAAUACCAGACUCCGUUAAUUUAUGCCAUUGAACGGGAGGAAAAAAGACUUAUUGAUCUCUUACUCGAUGCAGAAGGCGUCAAUGUCGCUAAACCAGACCUAUACGGGAGAACACCGUUGUCGUAUGCCGCCGGGAAGGGUGACCUGGUGUUGACAAGACGGCUCCUGCCGCGUUAUACCGAUACCGACAUAGGGCACAUUGACGACGAUGGCAGAGAAGCAAUAUCCUAUGCUGCUUCUGCUGGGAGUAAAGAAGUCGUAGAGCUUCUGCUAUCUCAGAAUGGGGUCAACGCAAACCAGAGAGAUAGAAUGAAUCGAACACCACUGAUGUGUGCCGCUGCUGCUAGGAGUAAAGAAGUCGUAGAGCUUCUGCUGUCUCAGGAUGGGGUCGACGCGGACCAUGAAGAUAACUAUGGUCAAACGCCACUAUCAGAGGCCGUUGAAGCGAGGAAUGAAGAAGUCAUACGGCUACUGGUAAACCCUGAUCUUUACAAAGGCGGGAAAGAUGACUAUUGUGCAACACCACUAUCAUGUGCAGUUGCAACGGGUGACGAAAACAUCGUCGAGCUGCUACUACCAAGGCCUAAUGUUGAUGCAAGGACAAGAACCAGCAGCAAUCAGUGUGCGUUGAUCGAAGCUGCCAGGUUUGGCUCUUCAGCGGUGGUAAAGCUGCUACUAUCGCAACCUGGUGUUCUCGCAGACGAGCCAGAUAUCGAUGGUCGAACGCCACUGUCGUUUGCUGCUGCGUACGGACGCGAAAGCGUCGCAAGGUUAUUACUAGAGGAGUAUUCCGUGAGGGCUCACUCGAGAUGCCGCGACAACAGAACGCCCCUAGCCUAUGCAGCUGCGUUGGGAGAAGUUGAGAUCGUGAAUUUGCUACUGGAUCAUGUCAAGGAAGAAGACCUCGAAGACAUGGAUUCAGAAUUGCUAGUACUACUAGCACGGGAAUUGCCCAGACUUCUCGCACCGAAAUUAGUCCACGCUAGCAGGACUGAUGUAAACUAUGCUGGCAACGACGGAUACACAGCGCUAUUCUGGGCCUCCCGAUCCGGUUCGACGCCAUUGGUAGAGCUACUACUUUCACAUCCGAAUAUCAACAUAGACAAAACGUUCGAAUAUUUCAACACGCCACUACUGGAGGCCAUUCAACAAGGCCAUGAAGACAUUGCAUUGCUAUUAAUCAAGCGCGGCGCCCACUGCGAGAGAGGCCCUACUCGACUGCGCGACGAACCAGAAACACCACUGCGUGCUGCAAUUCGAUGGGAGCGAGAACGUGUUGUAGAGCAAAUACUGCAUCUGGGCGUUAGCAUGGAAACCGAAGAUCCCCUCUACGAGCUACCACUGGUCUAUGCUAUAGAAAACAAAAACCCGCGCAUCGUCAAGCUGCUGCUCGACUAUUACAGCAAGAAGACAGACGAGGCCACCUCGGAUCUCCGCGUGGGCCUGCACCGCGCAGUCACAUCGGAGCAACCACAAGCCGUACAGAUGCUGCUCGGCCUGCUAAAUGGCCGAGUCCCCAAGCCCGAGGGCUUUCUACUGGGAGAGUUGCCAAUGUUAUCCUGCUUGUUGGGAACCCGAUUCCCUUGCAUGCUUCACUAUAGAACGGAUUCACAUUCGAUGCGAUGUUCGGAUGCACAAAAGCUCGUCGUCCGGACGAUGCUGGGCAUCAAGGACGAGGAGCUCACCAACAUGGAUAAGAAGUCCCCCUUCUACAUAGCCCUACGCUGCCAAGUCUUCGUAGCACAGAUGUUGCUCGAUCGGGCUGAUGGAGGCCCGGAUUGGGACCGUUACCACUUCCCCUGGCCAAAAUCGAGGAGCGCAUUUGCCAAGUACGAGAACAUCGUGAGCAAACUCCUCGACAUGCGCGAUAAGCAGACGGCUCAGCUGCGCCGAGACAACCUGACGGUAUUGCCUUGGGCUGCGGCCGACCCCGAACUUGAAUCUUAUUUCAAUAUUGUCUGGUAUUUGCUGCACGCGCCGGAACCCGUUGUCAAUAUCGUCGAUGUGAUUGGAUUCACCGAGUUAUUAUAUGCGCUAGGCGUCAACUUCGAUGAAGACAUGACAUGGUUAUAUAUGUAUGAUGAGCAAAAUCCAUGA